UUAAAAGGAGCAACCAAACAUCUGGCAAAUAUAGUAAAAGGGGUAUUCUGGUAGGAUGUAUGCCUACCAUUAGUUCUGAAUACUGGUGAAGUUUUGAGGGCAAAAUGGCUGUGAUGAUUGGAAUCGCUUUCAGAGUUUCUUGGCUUUGUUGCCUACUAAUUGGAGGGAUAAUGUCUUCUACAUCAGAAGGUGAUUGGUCUCCUGCACUGGAUUCUAAUGCAGCAUGGCUCUAUGCAGGAUCACUUCGGUCUCUAGGAUAUGGCAAUUAUAAGUCUCCAAAAUCUCAAAUGCAAGCGCAACAGAAACAUCCGGCCGCCAUCGGGUGGAAGGAACUGGCCCCCAUGUCCCAGCAACCUCAGCAAGUGUGGAAUCCAGUUCAAAUGCCCCUGCAUCAGAAGCAACCAGCCGCAGAAGCUCAGCCGCAGAGGCAACCGACAACUGUGCCCCAGCAAGUGUGGCAUCAAGCUCACAUGCUGACGCAUAAGCAACCGACCGCCAUGCCCCAGCCAGUGUGGCAUCCAGUUCAAAUGCCCGUGCAGCAGAAGCAACUGACCGCCGUGCCCCAGCAAGUGUGGCAUCAAGCUCAAAUGACCCUGCAGCAGAAGCAACCGACUGCUGUGCCCCAGCAAGUGUGGUAUCCUCCUCAAAUGCCCCUGCAGCAGAAGCAACCGACCGCCGUGCCCCAGCAAGUGUGGCAUCCAGUUCAAAUGCCCCUGCAGCAGAAGCAACCGACCGCCGUGCCCCAGCAAGUGUGGCUUCAAGCUCAAAUGCCCCUGCAGCAGAAGCAACCGACCGCCGUGCCCCAGCAAGUGUGGCAUCCAGCUCAAACGCCCCAGAAGCAACCGACCGCCGUGCCCCAGCAAGUGUGGCAUCCAGCUCAAAUGCUGCAAAAGCAACCGACCGCUGUGCCCCAGCAAGUGUGGCAUCCUGCUCUAAUGCCCCUGCAGCAGAAGCAACCGACCGCCGUGCCCCAGCAAGUGUGGCAUCCUUCUCAAAUGCCCCUGCAAACAACCGCUGUGCCCCAGGAAGUGUGGCAUCCAAAUCAAAUGCUGCAAAAGCAACCGACCGCUGUGCCCCUGCAAGUGUGGUAUCCUCCUCAAAUGCCCCUGCAGCAGAAGCAACCGACCGCCGUGCCCCAGCAAGUGUGGCAUCCAGUUCAAAUGCCCCUGCAGCAGAAGCAACCGACCGCCGUGCCCCAGCAAGUGUGGCAUCCAGCUCAAACGCCCCAGAAGCAACCGACCGCCGUGCCCCAGCAAGUGUGGCAUCCUUCUCAAAUGCCCCUGCAACCGACCGCUGUGCCCCAGCAAGUGUGGCAUCCAAAUCAAAUGCUGCAAAAGCAACCGACCGCUGUGCCCCAGCAAGUGUGGCAUCCUGCUCUAAUGCCCCUGCAGCAGAAGCAACCGACCGCUGUGCCCCAGCAAGUGUGGCAUCCUUCUCAAAUGCCCCUGCAGCAGAAGCAACCGACCGCCGUGACCCAGCAAGUGUGGCAUCCUGCUCUAAUGCCCCUGCAGCAGAAGCAACCGACCGCCGUGCCCCAGCAAGUGUGGCAUCCUUCUCAAAUGCCCCUGCAAACAACCGCUGUGCCCCAGCAAGUGUGGCAUCCAAAUCAAAUGCUGCAAAAGCAACCGACCGCUGUGCCCCAGCAAGUGUGGCAUCCUGCUCAAAUGCCCCUGCAGCAGAAGCAACCGACCGCCGUGCCCCAGCUGGGGUGGCAUCCUGCUCAGUUUCCCCAGCAGAAGCAACUGGCCGCCAUGCCUCUACUGCAGAAGGAACCAACCACCAUAGCCCAGCAACCUCAGCAGGUGUGGCAUCCAGUUCAAAUGUCCAAGAAUCGAACAGCCACUGAACCUCAGCAGCAGAAGCAACCAUCCACCACGCCCCAGCAAGCUCGGCAUCCAGCUCAAUUUCCCCAGCAGAAGCAACUGGCCCCCAUAGCCCAGCAACCGCAGCAUGUAUGGCAUCCAGCUCAAAUGUCCAAGAAUCGAACAGCCACUGAACCUCAGCAGCAGAAGCAACCACCCACCAUGUCCGAGCAAUCGUGGCAUCCAGCUCAAAUGCCCCUGCAGCAGAAGCAACCGGCCACUGAACCUCAACAGAAGGAUCAGACCGCCAUGCCCCAGCAAAUGUGGUAUCGAGCUAAAAUGCUCCAACAGGAGAAUCAUCUGGCCGCCAUUCUCCAGCAGCCUCCGCUCGUGUGGCAUCCAUCUCAAUUUCCCCAGCAGCAGAAGGAACUGGCAGUCGAGCAGCAGAAGGAACUGGCAGUCGAGCAGCAGAAGGAACUGGCAGUCGAGCAGCAGAAGGAACUGGCAGUCGAGCAGCAGAAGGAACUUGUAGUUGAACCUCAGCAAGUGAGGUAUCCAGCUCAAAUGGCCCAGCAGCAGAAGCAACCGACCGCUGUGCCCCAGCAAGUGUGGCAUCCAAAUCAAAUGCUGCAAAAGCAACCGACUGCCAUGCCCCAGCAAGUGUGGAAUCCAUUUCACACACUGCAGAAGCAACCGACCGCCGUGCCCCAGCAAGUGUGGCAUCCUGCUCAAAUGCCCCUGCAGCAGAAGCAACCGACCGCCGUGCCCCAGCUGGGGUGGCAUCCUGCUCAGUUUCCCCAGCAGAAGCAACUGGCCACUAUGCCUCUACUGCAGAAGGAACCAACCACCAUAGCCCAGCAACCUCAGCAGGUGUGGCAUCCAGCUCAAUUUCCCCAGCAGAAGGAACUGGCAGUCGAGCAGCAGAAGGAACUCGCCGUCGAACCUCAGCAAGUGAGGUAUCCAGCUCAAUUGGCCCAGCAGCAACCCAACCCCAUUCCUCAGCAAUUUUGGCAUGUAGCCCAAAUUUCCCAGCAGCAACUGGCCCCAAAUUCUCAGCAGAAGCACUACGAAAGCACUGAAGAUGGUGCCUCUGGUAGUUCUCAAGCCAGCAUUGUUGAACAGUCGGGUGUCAUCCCACUACAAGAAUGGCAGAACUGGAGUCUCUCAAAUCGGCUACACUCCUAGAGAGGCCAUGCCUGUUGACAGUGGAAAUGCUCCCAAGGGCGGUUAUGUUAGCAUUGGAGCACCAAGCAUAUAUCCAACACUAGUGAAGGAUUCUGCAAGGAAAAUAUAAUGGAUUCAUCCUCUAGAAGCUCUAAUGACCAGGAAGUUGCUGGUGCUCUUGCUACUCUAGUGGGAUGGAAUCAAUAAACAAUUUUACUU